UGUCAGUGUCACAUAUAAACAAUUAAACAUAUUAAUGUGUCAGUUUUUAAUAACAUUAACAAUUCUCAGUGGAAAAAAUUGUAAAUAUAAAACUAAAUUAAAAUAGUAGAUGUGUGUACUACGUCUCUUAAAUAAAAAUGUACAAGAAAAUCCAACAGUGCAUUAAAAAAUACAACACAAAUACAUAGACAGUUAAAUAUUAUAUACACAAUCAGAAUCCAUAUUUUAUUUUUUUUUUCCUAUCAAAAAAAUAUAACGUAACGUCACCAGAAAUAUUAAACACAUUGGAAUAAAUAUACACAGUGGUCGUUGUGAAUUUGAUAUCAACAUCUUCUCCUUGAAACGCCCAUUUGUGUUUUUAUAUACAACUUGGACAUGGAGUGUUGUGAUAAAAAUAUGGCGAUAGUUGACACAUAAGUAAAAAAUUUUUUUUCUUAUGUUUGUUUUUAUUAUUAUUAUUGAAAUUUGUUUAUAAUAAAAAUAUAUAUAAUAAAAUAAUUGUAUUAAGUGAGCUUGUUUAAUAAUUUAUAACGAAUUUUAUUGACUUAUCGUGGAUUAGAUAUGUCAUCUCUAAUAUGCUCUGUUAAAAAAAUUCGUUUCGUGUGACUGAGCAAGUUGCUUCAUGGAAGAGUAUACAAUAUACAUAGACAGUAUUCAUUAGAAAAAUAAAAAAAUAUACACUUCAAGACCAGUAGGUUGCCAAACGUCAGUCAAGAUAAAUAUAAACUUCAUAAAGUGAUUCAUAAUUAAUAUUAAGUAUAUUAUAAAAUAAAUAAAAAUGGAUCAAGAAACUGUUUAUGGUACACAUGAAGACAGCCAUGUGGUUAUGUCAGAAAAAGUACAAUCAUUAGCUGGCAGUAUUUAUCAAGAAUUUGAGCGUAUGAUUGCUCGUUAUGAUGAGGAUGUUGUCAAAGAAUUGAUGCCUUUACUAGUCAAUGUAUUAGAGUGUCUUGAUAUUGCAUAUACUGAAAAUCAAGAGCAUGAAGUUGAAUUGGAAUUAUUACGAGAAGACAAUGAACAACUUGUCACUCAGUAUGAAAGAGAAAAACAACUUAGAAAAACAGCUGAUCAGAAAUUAUUGGAACUUGAAGAUGUGGCAGAGGAUGAAAGAAAAGAAUUACUAUCAAAAAUUGAUAGUUUAGAAUCAAUUCUUCGCAUGCUGGAACUCAAGACUAAAAAUUCACAUGAUCAUGGUACAAAUGAUAAUGCCAUCACAUCAUCCCCUCAAAGAACACAUUCCUACAUUGUGCGUCUUGAGGAAAAAGAGGCUGAAUUAAAACGUGAAUAUUCACGAUUGCAUGAACGAUACAAUGAAUUAGUUAAAACACAUGUUGAUUAUAUGGAAAGAACAAAAAUGAUGGUUGGUAGUUCAGAAAGACUAGAAAAUACAACUGGUGGACGUGGUCCAGCAAGAUUACCAUCACUUGGAUUAGCACAUAUGUCUAGAAGUUCUGGACCACUUAGUUAUGGUUUUCAAAGUUUAGAAACAAGUAUGACUGCUGAAGAUAUUCAAGAAGAAUCAUCAAGUAAUGGAGCUAGUUUAAAAUCAGAAAUGUUUGAUAAUAAUAAUGAUACAAUUAUUGAAGUUACUAAUAAAAGUCAACCAAGUAAUAAUACUGAAAAUAAAACGCCAAUUAAAAAACCAUUUAUGGAUGAUAGUCCUGAGACUGAUGUACCACCACUACCAAUUGUCACACCAACAACACCAGUUAUUUCCAAAUUUUCAAGUACACCAGGUGGACGUAGUAAAACUGAACGAGAACAGCGUAGUGGUAAUACACUCUAUCAGGAAUUGAGUUUUCAAGAUGCUGAUGCACUUGGUGAAAUGGAUGAGGGAGCAGAUAUUACUGGCAGCUGGGUACAUCCAGGAGAAUAUGCCUCAUCGGUCAAUGACAACUUUUUCGGAAUGGGCAAAGAAGUUGAAAACUUGAUAAUGGAAAAUAAUGAAUUGUUGGCAACCAAGAAUGCAUUGAAUAUUGUCAAGGAUGAUUUAAUUGUCAAAGUAGAUGAGCUAACAAGUGAACAAGAAAUACUUCGUGAAGAUGUUCGAGGAUUACAACACGCAAGAGAAAAACUUCGUCAACGAAUAACUAUUCUUGAAGAUGAACUUAAAAAAGCCAAAGAAGAAGCAGAGACAGCUGCGAAAGCAACAAAAAGUGAUGAUGAAGAAGACGUACCACUGGCUCAAAGAAAAAGAUUUACAAGAGUUGAAAUGGCUAGAGUACUUAUGGAAAGAAAUCAAUACAAAGAAAGAUUUAUGGAAUUACAAGAGGCUGUGAGAUGGACAGAAAUGAUUAGAGCAAGUAAAACUGAUCCAGCAAGUCUAUCAGGGGGAAAACAGUCUGUCUGGAAGUUUUUUAGUAAUCUUUUCACUGGACCAGCUGAUCGGGGGUCAAUUUCAAGAAAUCCUAAUAAUUUACCACACAUUAGAUACAGUGCACCUUCAAAUCAAGUUGUACCAGCACCACCACUUGAUGCAAUGCGUCGACGUACAUUGAAAAAUCGUCAUGACUUUUUCGACCAGGGAGAUACUAUAUCUUCGGAAAAACGAGUUGCAAGACUUGCCAAUGAAAGAAAAGAACAAUAUCGUCAAGUUCGUGCUCAUGUUAGAAAAGAAGAUGGACGUUUACAAGCAUAUGGAUGGAGCUUACCUGGUAAACCAAGUGCACCUGCAAGACAGCCAGUUCCUGUACCAGUAUAUUGUCGUCCACUUCAAGAAACUGAACCUGGAAUGAAGAUUUGGUGUGGAGCUGGUGUUAAUUUAAGCGGUGGAAAAACUCGUGAUGGUGGAUUAGCAAUUGGUGGUAGUGUUUUUUAUGCUGAUGAAGCACAAGAAAUAACAACAGUUAAAGGUGAAGUUGAAGAUGCUGUUGAACAUUUAGAUAAAGAAUUACAAGAAAAUGAACAACGUCGUAUUGAAGCUGAAAAACUUGAACAACAAUUAAGUUCACUUGUUUGGAUAUGUACAUCAACUCAAAAAGUAUCAAAAGUAACUGUGAUAGAUGCUAAUAAUCCAGCUGAAAUUUUAGAAGUUUUCAAUGUUUGUCAGAGUCAUUUGUUAUGUAUAGCAAGUGUACCUGGUGCCAAAGAAAAUGAUUAUCCACAAACUAAUGAUGAUUGUUCAUUGAGAUUAGUUAAUGGUGAUACUGAAUCAAUUAAAAAUCAACAUAACAAUGAUGGUUUAAUAAUUGUUGAAGAUACAACAGUGAAUCAAGGAUUAAAUUGUCUAAAAACAUGUGAUUCAGAUGAACGUAGUCAAGAAAUAUCAGAUGAUCAUUUAUCAUUGGAUGAUAAACCAAGUGAUGAAUCAGAAAAAAUAACUGAUAUUGAUCAAAAUUUAAGUACUGAACCACAAUCAUUAGAAACAAUUGAUAGUGAAUCAACAAAUUUAGGAAAAUUACAUUUUGUUAAAUGUGAACCAGAAAAUUUGAUAAAUGAAAAAAAUGACGAGACAAAUGAUGCUGAUAAAGUUGAUGAUAAUGAUAAAACAUCUAUUGAAAAAAUGUCAUCAAUUCAACCAACAAUGUGGCUUGGUGCACAGAAUGGUGCUGUUUAUGUACAUUCAGCUGUUGCCAAAUGGUCAGUAUGUCUACACACUGUCAAACUUAAAGACGCGGCAUUAUCAAUUGUACAUGUUCAGGGAAGAGUUUUAGUCGCUUUAGCUGAUGGAACAGUUGCAAUAUUUAGAAGAGGUUCAGAUGGACAAUGGGAUCUUUCACAGCAUCAUAUAAUAACACUAGGAAGUCCACAACAUUCCAUUAGAUGUAUGACAGCUGUCUCAGGAAAAACAGUUUGGUGUGGUUAUAGAAAUAAAAUUCAUGUUAUAGAUCCAAUUCUCAUGACUCUCGAGUGUACUGUCGAUGCACAUCCAAGACGUGAAUCACAAGUUAGACAGUUAGCUUGGCUUGGUGAAGGUGUUUGGGUCAGCAUCAGACUUGAUUCAACUUUAAGACUUUAUCAUGCUCAUACUUAUCAACAUCUUCAGGAUGUUGAUAUUGAGCCAUAUGUUAGUAAAAUGUUAGGCACUGGAAAACUUGGUUUUUCAUUUGUUAGAAUAACUGCGUUGCUCAUUUCAUCAAAUAGACUUUGGAUUGGUACAGGAAAUGGUGUUAUUAUAUCAGUUCCAUUAUCAGAAAGUGCUGGUGGUUCAUUGGCUUGCUCAAGAGUACAAGCAGUUAGUGGUAAAGCUGAUGCACCUGGUGUUGGUGUACGUGUAUUUGCAUCUGAACGUGGAGUAACACCAGGUAGUUUUAUACCUUAUUGUAGUAUGGCACAUGCUCAACUUAGUUUUCAUGGACAUCGAGAUGCAGUCAAAAUGUUUGUUGCUGUCCCAGGUCAUGGUGGUCAGAGUGCUGCAUCAGACGGUACACAACCAGCAAUGCUGGUAUUAUCAGGUGGCGAGGGCUAUAUUGAUUUUCGUGUUGGUGACGGCGACGAAACGGAAGAGGGCCUUGAACGAUCAGCCAGUGCAUCAGUUAAUCAAGAAGAGCAUGGUGAACAAAGUCAUUUGAUUGUAUGGCAAGUUCAAUCACCACUACCUUCAAGUAUGAAUGUCUAACAAAUAUGUGAUUAAUCUAAGUGUUAUUUAAAUUUAUUAUCAUCAAAAAAAAAAAGCACCGUUUUUAAUGUCAUCAAUAUUGUCGCGUAGAUAAUAAUUAUCUAAUUUAAAUUGUGAUUAAAUUAUUAAGUCUAUAAAAAACAAAUAAAAAAGACAAAAAAAUAAAAAAAGAAGCUAGAUCAUAGAAAAUAACAACGAUUUAUAGUAACAAAAAAAAAAAAUUAUUAUUAUUUGUUAAAGACAAAGUAAAAAAAAAAAUUAUGAUUUUUUACAACAAACUGACAAAUUAAAUUUUUUUUUUUUUAAGACAAUUAUAAUUAUAAGAAAAAUAAUAAGUUAUUAAACAAAUAAUAUGCAUUUAAAUAAAUAAUAUAUAUUGAUCUCGAAAUCUCGAGAUUUUUAACGAAAAAUUAUGUGAAAGAAAAAAAAUAAUAAAUUGAUAAAUGCUUUGAUAGAUAUUGUGCUGAUUGCAAGACUAAAUGAGCAUACGUAGAUCCAGAUAAAUAAUUUAUAUAACAAUUGAUGAGUUGUGAACAAAAGAUAUUACAUAAUAAUGAAUCAUGCUAAAUAAUUAUUUAUUAUACGAGAAAAUAUGCAGAGUCUGUUUUCUCGUUUUGUUUUAUUUUGUUUUUUUUUUGUUAAAAAAUAUAUGCGUCUUAUUCCGUUUUAUGCAGCUAAAAUAAGCUAGUCACGGGUUGCUUAUUCCAAAAACAUCAAAUGAUUUAAAAAAAGAAAACCCAGUUAUCUAAAUAUUUUGGUUUUUGGCCUUGG